AUGUCCAGCGGCAGCUUAAGUUAUUUUGUUGUUGUUUUUUUCGUAAAUGUUCAAUCUGUUUACGAAGAUUCCAAAAUAGCUUUUAAGCGGGUUCUCUCUAUCUCCCCUAUUGUCUUUGUUCAUAUCUAUCUAUCUAUCUAUCUAUCUCUAACUAUGUCUGUUCAUAUCUAUGUCUGUUCAUAUCUAUCUACCUCCCUGUCUAUGUCUGUUCAUAAAUGUCUGUCUAUCUAUCUAUCUAUCUAUCUAUCUAUCUAUCUAUCAAUCUAUCUAUCUGAAUAUUCAUAUCUAUCUAUCUAUCUAUAUAUGUCUAUUCAUAUCUAUCUCUAUAUUUAUCUAUCUCAUUUCAUAUCUAUCUAUCUAUCUAUCCAUAUACCUAUCUAUGCAUGUUUAUAUCUAGCUAUAUUUCUUUCCAAUUAUCUAUCUAUGGAUGCUCAUAUCCAUCUAUCGAUGCAGAACUCAGCAGACAGCGUCAUAAAAACAUUAUCUUUGAAUCGUAAAUUUGUCUUUAUGUUGAUAUUCUUUUAA